CAGCCACGCCCACUAACUAACUACACGUGGCUAGGCUGCUGUCUUUAAUCGUAGAUUAAGGAGGGAGAACUAAACUUAACUACUCAAUCUAUGCUUUAAUAUAGCUCAGUAAAAAUGCGACGCGAGCGUGAUGAGAGCAGGAGACAGAAAGCCAUCAUGAAGGCACUGGAGACACCCAAGGAGAAACGAGAACGGAGGUUGGCAAAGAAGGAAGAGAAUUUAAGACGUCAGCGAUAGAAAGAGGGAUGGGACAGUGAGUACUUGGGAUACACAAAUGCAGACAAUCCAUUUGGAGACAACCAGUUAUUAGACAGAUUUGUAUGGGACAAGAAGAGGCAGCAGGAUGUGAGUGAUUUCAAGUUGAGCAAGACGGAGGUGGAGCGGAGGGAAAAUCAACGACAAGAUGAAACCAGACGAGAGCUGGAGAAGGUCAAGAAAAGGAAAGCUGAGAGAGAGAAGGAGAGGGAAGCCAGAGAAGAUGAGUCACAACUGCUCCAGCGAAUGAAAGAGGCGGAGAUGUUCAAAGAGUGGGAGGCACAAGAGGAUCAGUUUCACUUGGACCAAGCCAGACUUCGCUCAAAGAUUCGCAUUGAAACUGGCAAAGCCAAACCUAUUGACCUCCUGGCCAAGUACAUUAGCUCUACCACAGAGGAGGGAGAGGACAUUGAAGUGCAGGAGCCCUACUACCUCCUCAAGGGACUUAACAUUGUCGACCUAGAGGACCUACUGGAGGAUAUAAAGGUGUACUCGGAAAUAGAAGUUGGAGCAACCAACAUCGACUAUUGGAAAGACAUGACCAUUGUAUGUGAAGAUGAGAUCACACAGCUUAAGAAGGUGGAGGACUCUAUGGGUGUGGCAGUGGGUGUGGAUAGGGGCGGGGCUGGACAGAGGGCCGUCAUUAACCCUUCUGUUAUGACAGAGGUCAACUCUGUAUUCAAGGGAAAGAGUCAUGACCAGCUGGUGUUGUUGGAGGAUCAGAUCAACAGGAAGAUCCACGGCAGUGACCCUGGGACAGAUGUGGGAUAUUGGGAGGCACUUCUUGCUCAGCUGAAGGCUCACAUGGCCAGGGCUAGACUGAAGGACAGACAUCAAGUUUUGUUGAGGAGUAGACUACAACAUCUGAAGCAACAAGUGAGGGGAUAUACCAUCAUGCCUAACAGUCUACUAUACUCUUUCAUUAUUCACAGCAAGAUGAGGGAGGGGAGAAAGCUGCCGUCCCCGAGGCCACACCCACUGAAGAUCCUGAACAAGACAAGACUGAGCCAGGAGAGAGCUCUCAACAGACCAGCACCACCAUCGCUGCUGAGGAUGGAAGACAACUUGAUAGAUGAACAGGAGCUGUUGGAACUGUCCUACGCUGCCUAUGAGGCUGGCAACUAUAGCCCCACCCUCCUCAAGCCCUCAGACCUGGAGGAUACUAUGUCCCCCCGUCCAUCACUUGGCGUUGAUCACCAUGGCGUAGGCUGUAGUCGUCCUCAGCCGUCACCACCUCUGCCUGUACGGGUUACAUACCUUAAGGCAGAGGAGGAAUACGACUUCAACACUGAGGUAGUCCUGCAACUGAGGGAUCCUAUCUGGAAGGAGAAGUACCGCCCACGCAAGCCGAGGUUCUUCAACAGAGUGCAUACGGGCUUUGAGUGGAACAAGUACAACCAAACUCAUUACGACAUGGACAAUCCCCCUCCAAAGAUUGUACAGGGAUAUAAGUUCAAUAUAUUCUAUCCUGAUCUCAUAGACAAGAGAAAGACUCCGCAAUACACUCUGAUACCCAUUCCUGGCGAUCCGGACUUUGCCACACUUCGUUUUCAAGCUGGUCCCCCCUACGAGGAUAUUGCCUUCAAGAUAGUGCAUCGAGAAUGGGAGUGCUCCUGGAAGCACGGGUUCCGGAGUCAGUUCAACAACAACAUCCUGCAACUCUGGUUCCGGUUCAAGAGGAACAGAUAUAGAAGAUAGAACACAUGGAACUUAUAUACUCAUGCAUAAUUAAUUUUAAUCUGUGAUAUGGUUU